ACACGUCGCCAGCCUCGCUUCCACACGGCAGAAUUGGCGCAUGCGCAGAACAGCUCUUGGCGUAAACGUCGCCAGUUACCAAACACACAGUGAAUGCAGGCGAGUUGCGUGCCGUUAGCUUUUCCACCGAAUUAAGAACUGUCUGAAAUAAACUAAGAUUCAAAAUGUCUGGAAAAUCGAAAGCAUUUACCAAGGAAGAGGAACUACUUCUACAGGACUUCUCUAGAAACGUAUCUACAAAGUCGUCGGCCCUUUUUUACGGAAAUGCUUUCAUCGUAUCCGCUAUUCCCAUCUGGCUUUUCUGGAGGAUUCAUCUCAUCGAUUUGUACUCGAGUUUGAUCUCUUUCGUCUUGGUAACAAUCGCCAGCACAUACCUCGUCGCUCUAGCUUACAAAAAUACAAAAUUCGUUUUGAAACACAAAAUUGCUGUAAAGCGUGAAGAUGCAGUCACAAGGGAAAUGAACAGGAAACUGGCUGAAGACAAGAAGAUGAGCAAGAAGGAGAAGGAUGAGAGGAUAUUGUGGAAGAAAAACGAAGUGGCCGACUACGAGGCAACAACGUUUUCCAUAUUCUACAACAAUGCGAUUUUCUUAGCGCUAGUUAUUCUGUUGUCAUUCUACAUUUUAAGGACAUUCUCACCAGCUGCAAACUACACCAUUUCCAUUGGUACAGCCAGUGGGCUUCUCGCCCUACUUUCCACUGGUACACCAUUGUCAUAAAAUUAAUUGAGAUUAUUCAUAAUAAAAUAAUUGAACAAGACUUUUUAAAUAUUCAGUAAGUUCUGUUUCUAAUCUGAAUGAAUGAGCAAAAUGUAAUAAAAGAAUUCGUAUUUAUAA